AUGUACGAGGUGUCGUCGCCUCAAAAUCGCAUGCUCAACGUCCCGGCAUUGCAGGCGUAUGGGGCGCAGGCCUGCUACGAAGGCCUUUCCCUAUGGGGACAUGCAGGUUUGGAGCAUCGACUCACGGCGACAGUUCGGGCCUUCUCAAUCACAACCACAACCACGCAGCAAGCCCAUGUCUCACAAUGGUUACACCACCCUUGGCCCCCUCAGUCGACACUCCAAAUCAAGCUUGUCAUCUAG